AUGGCGACACCUCGAUCCCGCUCCGAUUCGUCUACGGGGCAAGCUUCUGUCAUCGACUUCAUCGCUACCGCGCCCUUCGAAAUAUGCGCCCUCGUCUUCGCCCCCCUCGACAACUGCCAUCUCAAAGCUCUGCGGUUAACUUGCAAGAGGCUCGCCCACCUCAUCAGUCCCCAUCUCCGUUUCAAGCGCGUCUUCAUAUCCGCUAGUCCCCUGGAUGUGCAAGUCUUUCGCGCUAUCGCAGAACACGAUAUCUUCCGCCGCAACGUCCGCGAGAUCGUCUGGGACGAUGCUCGUUAUGAGAAGCCACCGCCCGACUUCGUAACGUUCGAGGGCGAGUACAACGAUGAAUGCGUGUACGCGGAUGAAUAUCCAGACGACCUUGAAGAAGAAGAUGAUGAUGAUGGACCAAAAAAGAUCCCACGUAGUGUUCCGAUAUGGUACUUUAUACGCUGCAAGGAGAACAUCGAGUACUUAGAGGAAAGACGAGAUAACGACGUUAAAACCUUACCGCAGCACGUUAAGACCUUUCGGCAGCUUAACGCCCUGCUACCUCUUAACGUCGCCUACGCCUACUACCAAGAGCUACUUAAGCAGCAAGAACAAGGACUUUCUACAUCAGCUGAUAUAGCUGCUUUCGAAUGGGCGCUAGAGAAGGAUAGAUUCCCCUAUCUAAAUAGGAUCACUCUAACUCCCGCCGCGCACGGUUUUCUAUCCAAGCCGCUAUACCCGACCCCAGCUAUCCGCGCUUUUCCGUACGGCUUCAAUUACCCGCUCCCUCGCAGCUGGCCAGCUUCUAAGGACGAGGAAGGAGCCGGCUACGAGAUGUGGGAGCGCGAGAAGGAGAAGGAUAAAUGGCGCGGAUCCCGCCAUGUCAUCCGCAUCGUCGCCCAGCAGCGGAGCGCGACCUCAAAGAUCACCGAGCUGAUUUUCGACGGUAAUCAAAUCCAUUCGGGGCUCACGUGCGGCAUCCUUCACACACCAGAGCCAUGCGUCGAGUACAACCACCUCGCCGCCGUGAUCAAGAAGCCGGGCUUCACCACGCUCAGGCUUAACCUCAUGAUCUACGGGGCGGAUACCUCGCCUUCCGUAACGGACGCCUAA